CGGUGGGAGGGUGGCGGGGUGGAGGCAGAGAACGCGCGCGCUAAAAGUCCCACUUGCUGCUCACUUUUAGGAGCAUUUUCGCGCAAACAGCGCAGGAGCAGCAGCAGAGACAAGGUGCGCGCGCACUCGGCUCCUCGGGGAGAUGAAGGAGAGAAGCGCAGCAGCCCGUUGCGCGCACACGUGAGCUCUCUGCCGGGGACAUGCGGCGGGCUCUGCGGGGCAGCAGGCUCGGUCCGCUCGGCUCCACCGGGGCUGCCGUGGCGGCCGCCGCGCUCACCCUGGCCGCGUGCAGCGUCCUCUUCACCGCGUGGACGUGGGGACAGGCGCGCAACCUGUCCACCUCCUUCAGAAAGCUGCAGUAUCGCCUCGAACAAGUCAAUGCCCAGAGGGAAGCUGUUGUCAAACUUCUGCUGGAAAAGGGAAUACGGGUGGACGGCCAGAGGGUGAAGAGAGAUGCAGGGAAAGGAAAACCAGCAAAUGGGAGGAAAGUUGCUUCUCAUUUUGAAAUAAAAGGUCCAUCCUUCCAACAAGUGGGCAGCGAAGGCAUCAUUAAGGGCUGGACCGAGGAGGAGCUGAACGUGAGCAAAGCUGUCAGAUAUGAUCCCAACAGUGGAACUUUUAAAGUGGAGAGGAAUGGAGUUUACUUCCUCUACUGCCAGGUGCACUUCAAUGAGAACCAGAGCUUCUAUGUCAAGUUGGAAGUGUUGGUAAACGCUAAGACUGUUCUCCGGUGCAUGGAAGGAUAUGGCACCACACCUUCAUCUGGAUCCCAUCAAUUCCACUUCCUCAAGCCAUGUCAAGUGUCAGGGCUGCUUCGGCUGGAGAGGGGGGUUGAGCUGAAGAUUACAACGGGUGCUACAUUCACUCUGCUCACCAGUGCCAAAAACUGCUUUGGCCUCUUCAAAGUCAACUGAGGGUGGAGCACACUGGACACACUGCAGUCAAGCCUUGUAUUCCAACCUAAAACUAGGCAUUUGCACACCUUCCCUCCAGGUUUGGAUUUUGGAUACUGUCAGUCUUCAUCAUAAAAUGCAAAUUGUUUAAGUGCUUCCAUGCUCUGACUGAUAGACUAUACCCAAUAAAUCUUCACUCAAUAUUAAAUCAAUAUAAAUGGAAUGGAUCAAGAGAAACUUGACUUUUCCAAAACCUUUAUAUCAAAUUCGAAAAAGGCUCAGCAUCGUGUAUUAAGGAUCUCUGCUGCAGGAUGUCCAGCUGUUUCACCAAACUCAUUAAUAUGCAUUUUGGCAGCCAUUUUUCAACCAGGAUCAAGCGUAUACUUUUUAACAAGAAGGGCAACCAGACAUCUGACUUAUGUGAUCAAAGUGGACAAGAUGGUUCCUUGGAGCAGUUAAAGUAUGGCUAAUCUUCAGCUUCCUUCUAUAGAGAACUGAUAUAAUUCUGUUUAACAAUAGAGCCAUACUUUAUACAUAUAUAUACAAUAUUGAAAAGUGGUCUGCGAUUUAAUAUUUCAGCAAUUGAGAAAACAUUUAACUCAUUAAUAUUUUCAUUUUUAAAGUAACAUCUUACUGAUCUGGUGGUCUUUUUCCUCUGCAUUAGUCAAAAGUGUUCAACAACUACAAACUUUCAAGAUUCAUCUCGCUUUGUGCCUCUCAGCUUUUUGUGGCGUUUGCUGCCAUUGGUUCAGUGCUUUUUUCUUCAUUGUGUCACACUGUUUGUUUCAACUGAAAGUUUUUAAAGAGACACAAAACUCAGAUCGUCCAGCUGUUUGACAACGCAAAAAAUACCAGUUGGAUUGGAUUUAGGAUGUCAUGUGAUACAGCAAGAAUGUCCAAAGUGCACUGCCACCCAGCAAGAGUUUCAGAAUUUGUCUUGUGAAGAUAGUUUAGGGCUUAGAAAUGUUGGAAUGCCCUGGAUGACCCCCAGUUACUGCUCAAGUUCUGUCACGUUGACAGGCACAUGUUCAUUAUUGCCCUUCAUUGUGGAUGCUACGUGUUUUGUGCUCACUGGUGCUUCUUCACAAGUGAAACAGAGCACCUGCAUCUUCCAGUUACUGUUAUGUUCCCUCAUGUGCACAUAGACAUCAUGAAAGGAUCAGGCAGAUGGCAUCAAGCUAUUAAUUUUUAACAUGGAAUAUAAUCAGACUGUACAAGUAUUGUGUGACAAUGCUUCAGUUAACACCAGUAGCAUAGCUACAUUCUGAAUGAAGCCCAUUAUCACUUCUCACAUGUCUUACUAUGACAAAUAUCUUAAUGUCACUAGAAAGCUGGUAUCUCAUCACAAGUAUAAUAUAUAGCUUUUAAAAGAGAACUCUUUCCACUGCUCUCUUUUCAUUUACAUUUACUACAAAGAGACUUGCAGUUCUGAUACAAAAGAGCUUUAACAACAGCCAAAGAGUCUUAAAUACAAAGUUAUUAAUGUGCACUUUGUUUACAUUUAGCUGACACUUUUCUCCAAAGCAACCUACAGUGUUAAGGUUACA